UGCUGCGUUGUGCUGCGGGGCAGUGCGGUGUUUUGCGCUGCGCUGCGUUGGGCUGCGGGGCGGUGCAGUGCGUUGUGCCGCGCCGCGUUCCGCAGACGCCGCUCCGCGCGCGUUGCUCGAGGGCGCCGGCGGCGGGCGGCUGCUGGCGGCGGGCAGCAUGGUGCGAGCGCGGGGGGCGUCCGGCCCCGGGUGCCGCCUGCUGCUGCUGCUCGGCCUCCUGGCGGCCCUGCGUGCCCGGGACAGCCGGGCUGCUCCGCGGGCAGCGCCGGGCCCAGCGGUGGCUGCUGGUGAUGCUGGUGCUUGGCCGGAUGCAGGACUGAAGGCUUGGGAAGAUGCUGGAGGCAGUGGUCUUCCAGAUUCUCAGCUGAAUCUGCUUUUUGAGCAUCAGAGGGAUGCCAGGGAUGAGGCUGUGGUUGAAGGUUAUCCCAGUUCUCGCCUGGAUCCCGUUGUUGAGGCUCGGGGUCUUCCCAGGCGUGGUCCAAGAGUUGUUGAGCCUCGCAGGGAUGCCAGGGGCGAUGGUUACCGAACUUUUUGGCGGUAUCCAGUUCUUGUGCCUCGGGAGGAUCCCCGGGCUGUGGCCGUAGCGGAUGGAGAUCCCUCUUCUGCUCUGGAGCCUGGACUGGUGACUCCGGGACAUCGUGGAGGUGUUCCUGUAGGCAGUGGCCUCCCAGCUUCUCAUCUGGAUGCCAUUGUUGUGCCUCAGGGGCAUGCCAGGGAGCUUCCAAGCGUGUCACAGCCUGGAGAAGCCCCCCACGGCAGGAAAUACUCCUUUUUUCCAGUGCACCGAGGUCUUGGUGGUGAGAAAGGUGCAGAGGAUGCAGCUCCUAAAGGCCGACAAAAGCAGCAUUUGGUCUUCACUGCCGCAGUCUCGAGUUGGGUACUGUUUGGGGUAGUGCUGACUUGUAUAGUCACUUCCCAGCUGAGGAAGAGAAAACAAGAAGCGGUACCAGCUAACCCUGCCGCUGCCUCUGACGGAGAAGAGCCCAGUAUGGAGGAAGGCAGAGCACAGCCAGGAAGCGAAAGAAAAAAGGAUGAGUUUACUCUAGAAAAUGAAAAUCCCAGCAGCAGCUCCACUCGGCUUCCUAUUCUAAGCAGAAUAAAAAACCUGUGCGUAUUCUGAAGAGAAUAAAAAACCUGUUGG